AGUUCCGUGUUGUUACCGGGCGGUAACCGUGAGUUUAACGGCAGCUAAUUGAAAGGGAUUUUUUAGGAUCUGAGGGACUCAGUCGGUGUUUAGCCAACCGGUUAGCCGCUAAGCUAACUAGCUAGUCGCUAAGCUAACAGCCCGACUUUAAAAUCAGACGAAGAAGAGUUUUUGUAGUUUCGGUUUUGUAGUCCUAUUAGCAUGGAUGCUAGCGGGGAAACAGCUACUGUAGCUUCAGAGGAAGAAGAGGGACAACAUCAAGUCCAAGUCCUGACCCAGGAGGAGGCUCUGGACCAGAAAGUGAACCAGGACCUAGACCAGAGCCUAGACCAGAAGCUGGACCUAGACCAGGACCUGGAACAGAACCUGGAGCAGAGUCUGGACCUGGAGCACAGCCUGGAGCAGAGCCUGAACCAGAACAUGGACCAGGACCUGGACCAGAACCUAGACCAUAGCCCGGAGCAGUGCUUGGACCAGAACCUGGACUUAGAACAGGACCUGGACCAGAGCCUGGAGCAGAGCCUGAACCAGAACAUGGACCAGGACCUGGAACAGAACCUGGAGCAGAGCCUGGAGCAGUGCCUGGAGCAGUGCCUGGACCAGGACCUGGACCUAGAACAGGACCUGGACCAGAGCCUGGAGCGGUGCCUGGACCAGGACCUGGACCUAGACCAGAGCGUGGAGCAGGUCCUGGAGCAGAGCCUGAACCAGCACAUGGACCAGGACCUGGACCAGAACCUAGACCAGGACCUGGACCAGAAGCUGGACCAGGACGUGGACCUGGACUUUGAUCUGGACCUGGAUCUGGAUGACUUGACGCUGGAAGACCUGCUCCAGAGGGUCCAGGAGGUCCAGACCGACUGCACCACGACGGAGUCCGGCGUCUCUACGGAUCCCGACUGGGAGAGUCACCUGGUGGCCACGUUGGACUACAGCUCGGCCCUGAAGGAGCAGUUUGACCAGCUGAAGAAGAAGCAGGAUGAGGAGGAGAUGGAGCAUGAAAAACACAAACAGGGGCUUGAGAAGAGGAAGGAGGAGGCGACCAGACAGCACCAGGUUCUACUGGAAAAACUGGACUCUCUGAGGGUGAAACUGCAGCUCAACAACUCGAAGGCCACCAGGAAGAACUUCUUAAGCAAGAAGCAGGAGAUGAUGACGGAGAAGAACCGAGCCAAGCAGGAGAAGAACAAGUUGGCCAAGGAGCUGGAGGAGAGCGACAGGAAGCUGGCGGAGCUGACGGAGGAGCAGAGCGAGGAGCAGCAACGGUGGCGGCAGGAGCUGGAGGAGCUGAGGAAGGAGAUGGAGCGGACCAGUAAAGAGGCGCAGGAGGCUCAGCUGCAGGCGCUGCAGGACGAGAUCACAGCUGUGGAAACGCAACGCGACGUGGCCAUGACUCGCAUCGAGGCCUGGACCAGGGAGGUGGGCCAGUACCUGAACACUCUCAGGGUGGAGUUUCCUCAGCAGUACUCCCAUGAACGACCCAAGUGGGAGAAGAAGGAGGGUUUGGUCCGGAGGAACCAGGCCGAGCUGCAGAGUCGCUUCCAGGAGGUCCUGCAGCAGCUGCAGCAGGGCCGAGAGCUGGAGUCCCUCCCCAGGAUCAACGUACCGACGCUGCCUCAGGUCCCAAUGGCCGACCUGAGGUUCAACCAGGUGAUGCAGGCUGUGGUUCGUCCACAGUUCAUGGUUCCGCCUCCUCCAAUCCAGAUGAAACCAUCCAACCCACGACCGAGACACCCCCAGUACUUCUACCUGCAGCGCCACGGUCUCCCUCACCCCCACCACCCCCACUUCCAUCCCGACUUCCCCUACGACCUCCCACCGCCCCUUCACUUUCCCCCCUCUGUCCCCCGACCACAGCACCAGCCUCCACGUCAGUUCCAGCCCCACAUCCGAGCCCCGGUGAGGGUGACUCCGCCUCCCAGUCUGUCCCCGUCCCCCCCAGUUCAACCAGUCCACCCUGUCACCCCUUCCCCGCCUCCUCCGGCUGCACCUGGUACUGUUCCUGCUGCUGCCCCGUCGGCCCCCGCUGGCAAACUCGACAAGGUCCUGGAGAAGCUCGGCGCCCGGUACCCACAAUGCAACAGGGCUCAGCUGACGUCGCUGCUCCAGCAGGUGAAGACCUCUCGUGGUACUUUGGCCGGCAUGUCCAUGGAGGAGGUGAUCGAGCAGGUCGGCUACAAGCUGGUCCAGAGCGAGAGGUCAGCGCCGGGCCCCAUCAGCCGGCCGAUGCCCCCGGGGCCCAUCCAGAGACCGAAUGUUCCUCAGCAGAGACCCGGGCCGCCGGUACCACCAGGAGUUCAAGCCGCCGGGCCCCGUAAACUCUGCCUGAUGUGCCAGAACCACGUGGACCCGGAGAACCGCCACCCACUGAGCUGCUCCCAUACCAUCCACAGAGACUGCAUCCAGAUGUGGCUCAAGUCCAGCAAGAACAACUCCUGUCCGUUCUGUCCGGCCAAGUGACGGAGGAACCAGGAAGGGAAACCUCGGGCUCAGCGCCUUUCCAAAUCAUUUGUUAGAGUUCUAUUCUAAAAUAUCCAAUGCUGGAUGCCUUUAAGAUUGAUUUUUGGAUGUAGAAGGGAUCGUCACACUUAGUGCCUGCUGCUAUCUUUCUUUACGUUUACACUGAAUCUGAGUAACUGUAAUCAGCAAGCCUACAAUAAAGUUCUUUAAAAUUAAACAUAAAA